AAAGGGUAAAGAUGGGUUAGUUAAUUUAAUAGAGUUUACAGUGGGACUCGAUAUGUACAAAAAAUAUUCUACGAAAUAUUUAUGUACAACUUGUGCACAUAUUCAACAAUUUUUUUCGUCUUCUGACCCUUUCUCAUCUCAUCAUUCUGCAAGAGCAAAAUGUGCAAAAACUCGGCUCAACUAUUCCAGUCGUGUCCAAGUCAAGCCCGAGUCAACAAGUCGUCUCACUUUCCUCUCUCUCUCUCUCGUCUCACUACUUAACUCCUCGAAUACUCAACGGAUAAAAUUGAGACUGGAUAAAAAAAACAGGAUUUUCAAGUUCUGCAAUUUUUAUUCUAAAUUGUUACUUCGUUUUGUGAAGUUUUUAUCAUUUGCAAAUACUCGGUGAUCCGUAAAACUGCACGUGCUGCAUGCAGUGGCGAAAUCCAUCUAGCUAAAUUUUGCCAGAUUUAUGUUGAUUGUCAUCGCCACAGUUAUUUCCUCCAUUUCGGGUGUGCAAAGGAAUGAACAAUUUCUCUGAAUAAGAAAUGAUGGAUCUUUCCACCCGUUCCUCACUAGAAAUCGGGCACAAUCUCAACUUUACCGAACUUCUGGACACGGCUGCUGCCGAAGCUGCUGCGGAUGAUUUCGAACGUGCAGCCCAACUUCACAUCGCUGCUGCGGAAUACGCGUGCAAUGUCACGAAUGAGUUGACAUCUUACAACAACGCUUCAGGGACCUACUGCCCCAGAACCUUUGAUGGCUGGUCAUGUUGGAAUGAGACCCCGGCAGGUGUAACUGCAUUCGCCCCUUGUCCCUGGUUUAUCUCAGGGUUUGAUCCCAACUUACAAGCCCACAAAGAGUGCCUGGAGGACGGAUCUUGGUUUCGCCAUCCAGAGUCCAACGUUACAUGGUCCAAUUACACAAAUUGCGUCAACUAUGCAGAAUAUCAGCGUUACAAAAACGUGGUGACAAUAUACGAGGUUGGUUAUCUCGUCUCUCUGUGUGCUCUCGUCAUAUCUCUCAUCAUUUUCUUCUCAUUUCGCUCACUGCAAUGUACUCGAGUCCGAAUUCACAAGCAUCUCUUCUUCUCCUUCAUCAUGAACAACUCUCUCUGGCUCAUUUGGUACAGAUUCGUCGUAAACGAGUCAAAACCAGUAAACGAACUAAAUCAGAUGGGGUGCGCCUUUCUCCACCUCUUUGUCCACUACUUUCUCGUGGCCAACUACUUCUGGAUGUUCGUGGAGGGCUUUUUCCUGCACACUCUGCUCGUGUACGCUUUCACCAGGGCAGAGUCCACCAUGAUGAAAGGCUUUUACGCGUUCGGAUGGGUCGGACCGUCCAUUCCACUCACGCUCUACGCCGUCUUUCGCUCCAGGGACGAGGACCACAACGAACAAAAAGACUGCUGGAUCAACGAGUCCAAGUGGACGCUGUUCCUCUCCGUCCCCGUUUGCAUCUGUCUCAUCGUGAGCCUCGCCUUCCUCAUCAACAUUCUCCGCGUCCUCCUCAUCAAGCUUAACGCCAAUCGAAGGACCUUGUCGACCAAUAAUCGAAGAGAAUCCUCCGUGGCCGAAAAUACGGCUUCGUUACGCAAGGAAGGUGAUCUUUGCGAAGAUGAGGAUGGAGACUUUAUUGUAGUCACGACGAAGGGUUGUUCUCUCCUGGGACCUUGUUGCCUGAGUUGUGGAGCGGAUUCCAACCACAAAUUCCGUCGAACUGUAUGGUUAACAAUUAAACAGGCAGCCAAGGCGUCGCUCAUCUUGAUCCCGCUGCUUGGAAUUAACUACUUCCUGACUCCGUUCAAACCAGAUCCAGAGUCGGAUUGGGCCAUUUACUACGAGUACAUUGCUGCAAUCUCAUCAUCUCUGCAGGGGUUAGCAGUAUCGCUGCUAUUUUGUUUCUGCAACAGUGAAGUAAUUGCAGCCUUGAGGAGGAAAUUUGCUCGCCCAGACAAAGUCAGUCGGGCCGGUGAUUACUCGUACGCCAGGACCACAGCGAAAAAGGAUUGUCAUUCCAAUGCAGACAAUGGUGGUCAUUAGGCAUCCGAACGAGACGGUUAAUGACGUCGCCACGUCGUCGUCCAUCAAAAACAAACACACUCAUUGGGAGUCUGGAGAAGAAGCAGAGGUUCAGGUUUAGUCCGAGGACAAAUUGCUUUGAUACUCAAGAAUUCGGAGCUUCAAUUUGGUAAAACCGGGACAAUUUACAAUCUUAGUCUGAUACAUCAUCUCAUAACAAACACAAACAAUGUAUGUCAUAUCUCAAAUAGCUUGUAAGAAGAAAAAAUCACAAAAUGUACGAAUUGUUGUAGUAAAAAGUGUGUGUAGAUAAAUAAUUGUGCGCAUGCAGUCAACAAUAUUUUACUAUUGCACGUUACAUAUAAAUGCACAUUAAAAAGUAUUAAGUAAAUACAUAAUCUCAAUUUGGAACCAUUUUCUGUUUAUAAUUUUCUAUUUUUAUUCUUUUUGUUAAUGAAUACAAUUUCUAACUUUAUUAACAUUGAGUAGAAGAUAACCUUGGUGUCGUGAUGAUGAAAGUGUUAAUUGACGUGAACAGUAAUUGAAUAAAGAAACUCGUUGUUAAACUGUGUACAUUUUUAAUUUAAUUAAAAUAACGAGACGUUAAAUUCCUGUCA